AUGAACGUUAGCCAGGAACUGGUUGCAUUCUACACAACGCUACGUCGCUAUCAUGCUCAUUACGAGGUCACAUUGGGUGCGAUCUCUUUGAGUCUGAACGGAUUCGUAGUUUAUAUGGUCAUGACGACGCGAAAUCGAGUGAUGAGAAGUUACUGUUGGGUGGUAUUGAUGAGCAUGUUCGCGGACAUUGUCUACGUCUUGUCCAAUAUGAUUGCGAUGACGGUAUGCAUGUUUGUCUUACAACUGAAAUACCUAUAACUGGGCCGCUCAGAUCUUUUUUAAAUUUUGGACAUACACCACAUGUCCAUUUUUGAAAAUCUUCGCUCUAUCUUGCAGGCCACUUUAAAAAAUCUUCUCUCGCGUCUUGCAGGGGACCACUUCACCUAUGGGAUAUGUAAUCUUCAGUAUUUUGCAGGUGGUCGAAGUGAAAGGGGGUCUCAUGUACUGGCUGACCCUCGGACCCUUCAGCCAUGGCCCAAAUCCCACUGGAAAGGUGAUGGGCGCCCUUUCCAUGACCAUUCUUUAUAUGGUCAUUGCCACGUUGGGGAUGCAGUUCAUCUACCGCUAUUACGCGCUGUGCAAGACACCUCUGACUUUGACUCAAUUCUCUAUCUUUUACCUUGCUGUUACUGUGUAUUGCAUUAUCGACGCCGCGAUUGGCGGGUUUAUUUUUGAUGGUGAAAGUGUGGAGGCAACGAGGAUGAUACAAGAGCACCCCAUGUACAUGUACGACACUCCGACUUACAUGAUUGUUGAUCCGGUAGGGGCUUUGUUAGUGGCAUUACAAAACGUGGACCCAGAAGAGUCACACAGCUCUUGUUUUCAGCGAAAACCCAUCCAUAGUGUCCACCUUGUCUUCAGUCAGCUGAUUGUUGUCGUGGUGUAUGUUGUGGUCAUCUAUACGAGUCGGAAGAUCAAUGAGAAGCUGAAGGAAGCUUAA